UCCCAGGCCAGAAGUUAAAGCAGUAAGCAGUUGGAACUGACCCAGAGCCAGAGUGGAUCACAUCAGAUCAUAAAAUAUUAAAAAUGGCCAUGGCGACUACCCAAGUUAAAGGAAGUGGCUGGCCACGACGAGCAAGUAAUAGUUCAUUCGAAGGAAAACCCGUGCAAAAUCAAUCAGUAACUAUUAAUAGGACUGUUAAUUUAUAUCCUUUGACAAACUAUACAUUUGGAACAAAAGAGCCGCUGUUUGAGAAAGACCCGUCUGUGCCAGCGAGAUUUCAGCGUAUGCGAGAUGAGUUUGAUAAAAUCGGAAUGCGACGAAGUGUUGAAGGCGUUCUGCUGGUGCACGAGCAUGGAUUGCCUCAUGUACUUUUGCUCCAACUUGGCACGACAUUUUUCAAAUUACCGGGCGGAGAAUUAAAUGCUGGUGAAGAUGAGGUAGAGGGCCUAAAACGGCUCCUGACUGAGACUUUGGGUCGUCAGGACGGCGUUAAACAAGAAUGGGUGAUUGAAGACACUAUUGGUAACUGGUGGAGACCUAAUUUUGAACCUCCUCAGUAUCCUUAUGUCCCGCCUCAUAUAACUAAACCAAAAGAACAUAAAAGAUUAUUUUUGGUACAGCUUCAAGAGAAAGCUCUUUUUGCUGUUCCUAAAAAUUACAAACUCGUCGCUGCGCCAUUAUUCGAAUUGUAUGACAACUCACAAGGAUACGGACCAAUUAUUUCUUCAUUGCCUCAAUCACUUUGCAGAUUUAAUUUUAUUUACAUGUGAGUGGCAGAUAUUCCUGGGAUUAAAAGUUAAAUUUAAUAAAUAAAUCAUAAAAUUGAAAUAAAAAUAAAAAUAUUUGUGCAAGAGGAUUACUUUUUAGUAAUAAGAAUAUCUUUAAAAAUGUAUGUGUAUAUGUAUGGAUGUGAUGAAGAUACGAAUGAUAAUUGACAAGAUAAUAAUAAAUAAUUAUUAUAAUUAUACUAAU